AUGGCCGCCGAACGCACCCUUCAGCAGAUCGUCUCGCAACUGAAGUCGAACCCUUCCAUCCCCUAUGCUGAGGCCUCAUCCCUCCUCUCCAAAGCUAAGAUCGCGCUGUUGCAGCUCAACGCCCUAACGCCUACUCCCAACACCCCAUCGCAUAUCCUGGCCGUAGCACGGGACAUCCACGAGUACGGGGCCUUAUCCUCAAUCCGGGCCCGCAACCCGGACGCCUUCACACGCUACGUAUCGCAGCUGCAGCCCUUCUACGAGCUGCCUUCGUCGUCGCUGCAGCCCAACCUCGAGUCACGGAACAAGGUUACGGGAUUGUAUCUGCUGCUCCUGCUGACGCAGGGUCGUUAUGCCGAGUUCCACAGCGAGCUGGAGGCGCUGUCUACGGCGGAGGGCGGCAACAGCGAAGGUAUUGAGGGGGAUCGGUAUUUGGGGUACCCGAUUAAGCUGGAGCGUUGGUUGAUGGAGGGGAGCUACGAUCGCGUGUGGAAGGCUAUGAAAAAGGGCGAGGUGCCGAGUGAGGAAUAUGGUGUUUUCUCCGAGAUCCUAACCUCCCAAAUCCGCUCCGAGAUCGCCUCUUCCUCCGAGCGCGCAUACCCAUCACUCCCCUUGAGCAGCACAAAGUCCCUCCUCUUCCUCGACUCCGAGGGCGCCGUCAUCGACUUUGCCCGCCAGCGCGGCUGGGCCAUCCGCGAUAGCAACAUUUACUUCCCGCAAGCCGAGGCUGAGGAUGCUGAGCAAAAGGACAUCUCCCAGAUGGUCAUUGAGAAUACGCUGGGAUAUGCACGUGAGCUGGAGACCAUCGUUUGA